UCAAUCGUCUCUCUCCUUCCUGAUCACCCCCCAUUUUGCCACGAUGCCACCCCCGUCCAGUCAUAAAGGGGACAUCGAGCCCCCCGAGGAGAUCACUUCCGAGGCGGUGCGCGGGUUUCUGACGGGGGCGUUCCGGUUCGGCUCCGUUUCGAUCCUCGCCCAUAUGAUCAUGAUCCUGCCGCAUCCCUUCAAGUUCUCUCCGUCGGCGACGCCACCGGCGCCAUCCGCUAGUCCCUCGUCGCAUCGCCCGUCCCCUUUCUCCAAGGAAUUCCUGCAGAACCGACUCUUCCACCGUCCUCUCGAGGGGUUCUCGGACUGGCUGUCCCCGGCCUCGCGCGUCUACCGCGGGUUGACGCCGCAGUUCAAGGUGUUCCUCCAGAUUGCGGCCAUGACGCUGGGCGGGUGCAUCUGGGCGGAGAGGCGCGUCAACGACUACAUCAACCUGAUCCGCAAGGUCAAGCGGGCGGAACGAGUGCAGGCGGAGCGAGCAUCGAUCUCCAAGGAAUAAGAAUAGGAAUAGGAAUCAGAAUCGGAAUCGGAACCACUGGGACGGUCGGGAUGGUCCGUAGUACGGUAGGACGGUAGGAAGUUAGGAAGUUCAACCUCGGUAGGAGGCACGACUGUAAAUUUGCCAGGCGCAAAAACAAGGCCAUUGGACGAUGAAACUGCGAUGUUUAUUUUUAAAGGACGAGGCUUAGUUUGUUUCACGGCUCCGAUCGGG